AUGAUGUCGGAAAUAAAAACAAAUGAUACUAUUCAAAAUCCUAUAUCAAUUGAAGAAAAAAUUGAAUUAAAAAAAGAAAUCCAACCUACUCAAGAAAAUGACAAUAAGGAAACUAAAAAACCAGAAUCAACUUCACAGACAGCAAAUGUCAUCAAGUAUCUGUCUUUAUUUAUAUUAGUCGCUCAAAAUGCUUUAAAUGUUUUGUUUAUGCGACAUGUACGAUCAAGACCGGGAACAACUAUGUUCCUUUCAUCUGUUUCAGUUUUUUGGGGUGAAGUUAUGAAACUUGUGAUUGGAUUUUUUUUAUUAGUUGGUGAACAAAAAGGUUUAAAAAAUGCCAUAAUAUGUUUAUAUACAAAUUUUUUUGUUGAAUAUAAAGAAUUUUUAAAAACAGCAGUACCAGCAUUAAUAUAUUCUGUUCAAAAUAUGUUGUUAUAUCAUGCCGUAUCACAUCUUGAAGCUGCAACAUUUAUGGUUACUUAUCAGUUGAAAAUUUUAACUACUGCUAUUUUUACAGUUGUAAUAUUGCGCCGCAAAUUAUCUGUUUUACAAUGGAUUUCUCUAUUAGUUUUGUUUAGUGGAGUUGUUAUUGUUCAAUAUGAUGUAAAAUUUUCAAGUUCUAAAAAGAAUGUGGCACCUAUUAAUGUUACUACAACAGCAUCACCAUUGGAAAUUACUACAGAAAAGUUAGAAGAAUUUAUUAGUUCAACGAUUGUUACUCUUCCAAAAGAGGAACGUUAUCAGAAUAGUGUUUUAGGAUUAACUUUUGUUAUAACAGCAUGUGUUUUAUCCGGAUUCGCAGGAAUUUAUUUAGAGAAAAUGUUAAAAUAUAGUAAAGUAUCACUUUGGACUAGAAAUAUUCAACUAGCAACAUUAUCAUUACCACUUCUUUUUGCAAUAACUAUGAUUAAAGACGGAGACAAGGUUAUGAAAGAUGGUUUCAUGCAAGGAUUUGAUUUGUUAGUAUGGAUAACAGUAUUAAUUAAUGCAGUCGGUGGUUUAAUUGUCGCAGUUGUUAUUAAGUAUGCAGACAAUAUUUUAAAAGGAUUUGCUACGUCUGUCGCUAUUAUAGUUAGUACAAUUGCAUCAAUUUAUCUUUUCAAUUUCAUUCCUUCAUACAUUUUUAUUAUUGGUGCUGCAUUAGUUAUAUUGGCUGUAAUUGUAUAUUCUGUCUUCCCAUACAAAUCACCACCACAAACAGCUCAGACACAACUUGAAAUGAACAAUCUUUUGAAUAAGUCAAAUGUUUAA